UGGCCCCACCAGCCUCCUGUGCCCUCUCUUUUCUAGAUGAAAGAGUCAGCAGAACAAAACCUGCAGGCCAAGAACCUGCCUCUGGAUGUGGCCAUUGAGUGCCUGACCCUGCGGGAGAGUCGGCGUGACAUUGAUGUGGUGAAGGACCCCGUGGAGGAAGAGCUGCACAAAGAGGUAGAGGUCAUUGAAGCCACCAAGGAGGCCUUGCAACAGAAGAUCAGCCAGGCCUUUGAGAAGCUCUGCCUCCUGCAGGAAGUCCGACAGCAGCUCAACUCUGACCAUCGGGGCAAAAUGGAGGCAGUGGACAUUGACAGAGGCUGCUUCUCUCUCAACCUCAAGUCCCCGAACAUCUCUCUGAAGAUUAAUCCCACACGUGUCCCCAACGGCUCCACCACACUCCAGCAGUGGGAUGACUACAGUCAGUUCAACAAGAACCGAGCAGAGGCUGAGAUGAAAGAGUCCAUAGAGCUGAGGGAGGCCAUCGCCCUAACUAUUGCCAAGACCAACAACGAACUGGAAGCCCAGAGGGUUGCAACGGAAUUUGCCUUCAGGAAGCGGCUGUGGGAGAUGGAGAAAGUGUACAGUGAGCUCAAGUGGCAAGAGAAGAAUACCUUGGAGGAGAUUGCCGAGCUGCAGGAGGACAUCCGGCAUCUGGAGGAGGAUCUGCGCAGAAAGUUACAGAACCUGAAGCUAUGCCACACCCGGCUAGAGACCAGGACCUACCGGCCCAACGUGGAACUCUGCAGGGACCAGGCACAGUACGGCCUCACUGAGGAGGUUUACCAGUUAGAGGCAACCACUGCUGCCCUGAAGCAGAAGCUGGCGCAGGCACAGGAUGCUCUGGACGCCCUGUACCAGCAUCUGGCCCGGCUGCAGGCUGACAUCGCCUGCAAGGCCAACUCCAUGCUCUUGGACACCAAGUGCAUGGACACCCGGCGGAAGCUGACCAUGCCGGCUGAGAAGUUUGUGCCGGAGGUGGACACCUUCACCCGCACCACAAACCGCACCCUGAGUCCACUCCAAACCUGCCCGCUGGAGCUAACCUAGCGAGGGGGCUGAGGGAGGAGGGGAAGGCUGGUGGAAAAUGAAAGAGGGAGGGCAGUGGAGAGAACGAAUCUAAUAAAGGUCGGGGGUUCUCAGUCCAGACGGUUCUUUGCUACCCCUGCAUGUAGCCAGUGGAGAGAGGGCUCUUGGCUGUCCUGUGCACGGAGGAGCAAAGACGGUAACAUCAUCCCUCAAGCUCCAUGUUCCCAAUCCCAUGCCCUUCUCUGGGCUAGGCCAGCACCCUGGGCUCCAGCGCCGUGAUCUCUAACCAGCUCUGUCCCAGCUGGACCCUUGCGUGCCCUCUUGACGCCUAGGGGAGGCCCAGAGGGGGCUAGGGUGACAGGGGGAGGGCUUGGGGGUG